AUGGAAGUUCUUGGUGCAAUAGUCGGUUGUACAUCCCUUGCCCUUGAUAUUUUCAACUUCGCGACAGCCGAGUUGGAGGGCCGCGGCAUCGAUUCACUGGUCCUCUCCCUGAAGCACGAUGUAGCUCUUCUGAAGGACUUUGCACGCAUAUUCAACGCUGCAGCACAAUCCGAACAGAUACCUCUGACCGAUAAAUUCCUUCUCAACGAAAUCUGCCUUGCACUCCAACCCAGUCUUGCUCGAAUUCACUCUACUAUCGUCCGGCGCAAAAUGUCAGCGCUCACGGCUUCGCCCGCAAGGAAGGCGGUUGAUAAAGUCCACGGUUUCUUGUACGGAAAGGCCGAGAUGCAAGGUAUCAGCAAAGACCUGUUUCAGUGGACUGAAAGGUACCACGUUCGAUUUGGCUUACUUCCUGUUGGCCUGCAGACCCGUCUACUUGCGCAAGGAACCGAUGAGAGCUUGCCUGGAGACAUCAAAGCACUGCGUGAGACUUUCAGACGCCUGACAGACCGGAGUCGGAGUACUGUUGUGGAUGGGCUGCGCAAGUCAGAGGGGAUGGUCACACUGCGUCCGGGAAGGCCUUCCUCGCGCAUGUUUGCUACCAUGAACCAAAGGACCGUCAUAGUCGAGUUCAAAGAACACAGUUUGAGCCCUUCAGUGACGUAUAUGAGCGAUUUCGAAACCGAUGUUGCCGCUCUAGCAAAACUACUUAGUGGAACCGAUCCACUCCUCUGCCGGACUCUAAAAGGAGAAGGCUAUUUUCAUCAGCCAAGUCGCAGCGCAUUCGCUUUCAUAUACCAGGUCCCCAAGUUGGUGGUGAUUCCAGACGACGUGACGAGACCUACGACACUUCUUGAUCUCAUCAUGGCCACACGCCCAGCUCUCAGCAAGCCGGGUCAGAUUGAGCUCAUCCCACCAAAGCAUGCGCUCGAACAGCGCUUCGAGCUUGCGAGGAAGAUCACGUCAGCUGUCAUGUAUGUGCAUGUAAUGCAGUACGUGCACAAGUCUAUCCAAACAUCCAACAUUGUCAUGUUUGCAAAGAACGAUUCGUCUCCAGCGAAUACAGAACAGUUCCCUAAAGCCCUUGGUGAACCUUUUCUGUGUGGCUUUGAGACAUCGCGCUACGACAGGGGAGCAAGCGAUGGGCAAGGCGAUGUGGAAUGGGGCUACAACAUCUACCGACACCCCAAACGUCAAGGUCUACAUCCUCAGUCACGAUAUACCAUGAACCAUGACCUCUACAGCCUUGGCGUUGUACUCCUUGAAUUGGGUCUAUGGAGACCGUUGACAGCUAUGGGGCUGAGAGACCCUAAUAGUGUCAAUGGGAGUGUGAGAGAUCAUCUGAAGAAGUUGGCCAUGUCAGGGUUGCCAAUUAUGAUGGGAACGAAGUAUCGUGAUGUUGUCUUGUUUUGCUUGGAUAUUGACGGCGAUGGUCAGAUUAGCAACUCAACUGCUGUAGAAGAGGUACUGAAGAAGGUUGAGGAGUUGGCUAUCGGUAUGCAAUAA